CGGCGUCAUGCAGGCCAAUGGGAACCAAGGCGGCGCGGCGGCGGCGGCGCAGAACGGGGACGCAAUUGGCCAGGCCGGGCCCGGGGAGGAAGCGACUGGGUCCUACGGUAUCACCCCCUCAGCCGCUCACUCCAACGGACUGCCCUCUUCCUCCGCCGCCGCCGUCGUUCACCUGGUGUCCGGCCCCGGCGGUGUCAGCCCUGACCAAGCGACGUACAAGAAGAAGAAGCGCUUGUCCCAGGUUGACGAGGAUGUGAUCCGACUGAUUGGACAGCACCUGCAUAGCCUGGGGCUGAACCAAACGGUGGAUCUUUUGAUGCAGGAAUCGGGCUGCUGCUUAGAGCAUUCUUCCGCUACUAAGUUUCGCAAUCACGUUAUGGAGGGAGAAUGGGAAAAGGCCGAAAACGAUCUUAAUGAAUUGAAGUCUUUGGUGCACUCACCUCAUGUGAUUGUGAAAAUGAAGUUCUUACUGUUACAGCAGAAAUACUUGGAAUAUCUGGAAGAUGGCAAGGUUUUAGAAGCCCUUCAGGUUCUGCGUUGUGAACUGACUCCUUUGAAGUACAACACAGAGCGAAUACACAUUCUUAGUGGGUAUCUCAUGUGCAGUCAUACAGAUGACCUAAGGGCAAAGGCAGAGUGGGAAGGAAAAGGGACAGUUUCACGAUCAAAAUUACUUGACAAACUUCAAAUGUACUUGCCCCCAUCAGUAAUGCUACCUCCACGACGCUUACAGACUUUAUUGCGCCAAGCAGUGGAACUGCAGCGGGACCGGUGCCUAUAUCACAAUACUAAGCUGGAUGGCAAUCUCGACUCAAUGUCUCUGCUUAUAGACCAUGUUUGUAGUAGGAAGCAGUUUCCGUGCUACACACAACAGAUUCUCACUGAGCACUGCAAUGAAGUAUGGUUCUGCAAGUUCUCCAAUGAUGGUAGUAAAUUAGCAACAGGAUCCAAGGACACCACAGUUAUCAUAUGGCAGGUUGAUCCUGACACUCAUCAGCUUAGAUUGCUUAAGACUUUGGAAGGUCAUGCUUAUGGAGUAUCAUACUUGGCUUGGAGUCCAGAUGAUAAUUACCUUUUGGCCUGUGGCCCUGAUGAUUGCUCUGAACUAUGGCUUUGGAAUGUGCAGACCGGAGAACUCAGGACCAAGAUGAGCCAAUCCCAUGAGGAUAGUCUAACAAGUGUGGCUUGGAACUCAGAUGGAAAACGUUUUGUGACAGGUGGACAACGUGGGCAAUUUUAUCAGUGUGAUUUGGAGGGAAAUCUACUGGAUUCAUGGGAAGGUGUGCGAGUGCAGUGCCUCUGGUAUCUAAAUGACGGGAAAACAGUUCUUGCCUCAGAUACCCAUCAAAGGAUACGAGGCUACAACUUUGAGGACCUGACAGAUAGGAAUAUAGUACAAGAGGAUCAUCCAAUAAUGUCGUUUACAGUUUCGAAGAAUGGAAGGUUCGCCUUGUUAAAUGUAGCAACUCAGGGAGUUCAUCUAUGGGACUUGCAGGAUCGUGUUUUAGUGAGAAAGUAUCAAGGGGUGACACAAGGAUUUUACACAAUUCAUUCAUGUUUUGGAGGCAACAAUGAAGACUUUAUAGCCAGUGGCAGUGAAGAUCACAAAGUUUACAUUUGGCACAAAAGAAGUGAACUACCUAUAGCAGAGCUGACAGGACACACUCGUACUGUAAACUGUGUGAGCUGGAACCCACAAGUCCCAUCCAUGAUGGCUAGCGCUUCAGAUGAUGGUACAGUGAGGAUAUGGGGACCAGCGCCUAUCUUGGGCAACCAAGAGUCUGAAGAAGCUUGUAGUAGCAUGGAUAGUUGACGGUGACUGUGCAAAGGACAACUUUUGAACUGAAAUUAAGUCACGGAACAAAACGGCUUGGGGUUUUGGCACAACCAACUGGACACGUGCUUAUGAUGAAACUCAUUUCAGGUCCUCUAACCGGUGCCAGCAUCUUACCACUUUGCUUCAUAGUUACAAAUCCUGGAGAAGCAAUCUUGUUAGACCCCAGUGGGAUACCAAUUUUAAUUUUGCCCAUUGGUUGUGAGGAAUUGUGUUACAUUGCAACUCUAUUGAACUCUGGUUUCUUCCUGCCUCUUUUUUAAGUUCUGGAAAUCUACCUUGUUCUACACCAUGGAAUUUUAAAUCUUUGUUUGGGGUCUAACACAUAGAAGGCUUGUUAGGGUGAGGAAUGCUAGUCUGAGACAAACAUGCAGUAAAAUAGAUUAAUGUUUUCCUUACUUUCAAUCUGUUAGCUUGAAUAGUGGAACUAACUACAGCUCUGUCUGUAGACUACACCUUGGGUCAUAUUGCCCUGGACUCUUAUUUUUAUUCCCCAUUGUGGUAUUUUGGGGAGAGAAGGAGCUAGAUAUUCAUGUACAAAAUGUCAGGUUUUUUUUAAAGAUUCGAAUUGUUGGUUACAUCAGUUAAAUCUUGUUUUCUGCACUCAUUCCCCUAUCAUGGUCUUCCAUUUGUUUUAUGAGAAAUUCAUAUUUGGUGUUUUCAAUAUGAUCACAGCUGUGAUUUUUUUUUUAUCCACUGGUGGGGUUGUUACAUUCUCUUAUUUAGGGAUGUCAAAUCCAAAUUGAUAGAGUGAAGUGUAUGUUGUACUGCUUCCUAUAUGGUGGUACAUGUCCGUUCAUUCAGAUCUGUAACUUGACCUGUGUUUUUUUUUGUAGAAAGAAUCAGUGCCAAGUGAUGUGGCAUGACCAUUGUACAAACUAGAUAGUCGCAGUUCCUAUUUGGCUAGUCUUUAUCUCAAUGUGGGGUUGGCGCUAUGAUUUCUCCUAUGUGAAGUGACAUGAGAUAGGAAAAACAAUGUAUGUAAAGUGUGCAGCACUUUUUGAGCACUUAUAGAUGCUGAUAACAUGAUGACAUUGGCUUGAUAGUGAGACCCUCUCCACCUUGCCUUCCUGUUGGAGACUGCUGCUAAGUUUGGGUAGGCUCAGAGCAAGGAAAUUGGGAGAGAAUGUAAAUGUUUAAUGAAAAGUAAUUGUCCCACAUCUUGAUUUGUGCAAUAUAUACAAAUUAUUUUGCUUUUUUUUGUCUAUUUUUAAAGUCCCAACUAUUUACAAAUAAUCUUCACUGCUUAUAUUACCCAAUCCUUUAUUUUCCUUGUUGCUUAAUGUCCCUCGAUGUAUAACAUUGCCAGUUCCUUAAUCACCAGAUAUAGUUCUGCUGCUGGUAUGGGAGGUACGCAGGUGCUGCCUCUAGUGGUGUAGAGCUAGAAUUUGCUUUUCAUCUUAUUAACAUUCACUUACUGUGAAAGUGAAUGUCAAUAAGACAGGAACAGAGGUCUCAGCUGAAGGUUAGGCAAAGUGGUUUAUUGUUUUUAUAUAGUGCUUUAACUGGAAACUGACCUGUAUGGGUUGGUGAGGAGGUGAGAGGACCCACACUGCAAUCUAAUCAAUUGCUCAAACCACCGAUUGAUUUAUCACAAAUUUGUACUUUGCCAAUUUAUUGUACAUUUUUUAGAGACCACAACCUAUUUUUUAUGUAUAACUGCUCUUAGAAUUGAAAUUAAAUUCUCUAAGUUUGGGUUUGUGUUACUUGGAAAUAUGCGUUUUCCACUGGAAAAGAAGAGGAAAUUAUGAAAAUUAUUUUGCUGAGAUUGGAUGUGAAUUGGGUUUAGAUAAGAAAUAUGUUGGUGUAUUUAGUUUUCCUCCCACUGUUGGGAGGAAAGAGGUUAGAGAGUGAGAGAGUCUUUGUAUCACUGAUGUUGAGUAAAUAAUGACCAGUGAAUAUGAUUUAAAUUUGACUAAAAGAAAAUUAGCUUUACUUCAGGACUGCUUUCAACUUUCAACUUCAUUUUACUUUGGGAUGUGGGAAUUCUGUCAAGAUGAAGAUUCAAGUUUAUCAAAUGUAAAUGGAAGCAUAUAGUGAGAUGUGUCAUUUUUUUCAACAACUAACAUACCUGAGGUUGUACUGGUGGCAGCCACGAGUGUUGCCACACAAUUGACCAUUCAUAAAUACCCUUGAGAAAGUCACAAUCUUGAAUUCGCUGUAGAGUAGCACAACAUGGAAACUGGCCUUUUGGCCCAUCUAGUUUAUUUUGACCACAGAAUCUUUUUUUUGUGUGCCAGUUGCAAUGGUUCUGUCCAUAACCCUCCAAGAUUCUGUCCUCUGUGUACUUACCCAAAUACCUCUUUAAUGUUGAAAUUGUACCUGCCUUGACCACUUCCUCUGGCAGCUCAUUCCAGGUGCUCACUCCCCUCGGGAUAAAGAAAUUACCUCUCAGGACUAUUUUAAAUCUCCCCCCUCUUAACUGUACCCCCAAGUUUUGGACUCCCAACCCUGGGGAAAAGGCUAUAACUGUCCACCUUUAUCCAUGCUCCUCAUAAUUUAAAAAAUUUUGAUGAGGUCACUCCACAUUCUCUGGCAAUACAAAUCCAGUGUAGUAAACCUUGCCAUAUACCUUAAGCUCUCUAGUCCAGGCAGUAGUGUUGUGAAUCUUCUGCACCCUCUUAUCUUGACAAUGUCUUUCCUAUAACUGUAACUAGUGUCAGCGAUGGAAUCGCUUUUAUUCAAGAUCAAAAUUGGUACACAAUGCUCCAAGUGCAGCCUCACUGACAACUGCAUAACUGCAGUGCAGUGUUCCUACUCCUAAGCUUAAAGACCUAACUGAUGAAUGCCUUCUUCACCACCCUGUCUAUUUAUGCAGCCGCUGUCAGCAAUCUUGUUCUCUCAGGUCCCCCUGUUCCACAAAACUUAUCAGUGCCCUGAAUUAACUAUGUUCUACCCUGGUUUGAUUGUCCAAAAUGCAUCACCUCACAUUCACUUAAGUUGAAAUCCAUUUGCCAUUCCUCAUCCAUCUCCCUAACUGACCAAGAUCUCUGAGCAAUUCAUUGUAACCUCCUUCACUAUCAAUAAGACUCCCUAAUUUAUCAUCAUCAUCAGCAAACUUCAAAUCAUGUCAUGUAUGUUAAUAUGCAAAUCAUCUACAUGAAUAACAGAGGUCCCAUCACUGACUCCUGGAACUCCCCAGUUACAGGCCUCCAGUCACAGAAGCAACCUUCAGCCAUUACACUGUGCUUUCUAUCAUGGAACCAAUUCUGAAUCCACCUGAAUCCAUUCUGACCUAACCUUCCAGCUCAGCCUGUCAUGUGCGACCUUGUCAAAAGCCCUGUCUUAAGUCCAUAUAGAGAACAUCCACUUCCCAACCUUCAUCUAUCCCCAUUGUUACCACUUCAAAAGAUCUGUCAGACAUGAUGCCACUUCCAAUGCACAAAAGCGUACUGACUAUUCUGGGGAUGAUGAUGGUAGAUCUUCUCCCUCAGAAUUCCCUCCAGUAACUUUCCUACAGCUGAAUUCAGGCUCCAAAACAAGUGUCUCUACAAGGGUUUCUAUGAUUCCCCUCCCCUCCCCCCCCAGCCCUCAUAAGAUCUGGUGGUGACUUGUACAGGCCCUGGAGAUUUACCCACGUUAAUAAGCUUCCAAGGCUUCCUCCUUCAUAAUAACCGUAUGAUCCAAGACCUCGCUAUUAUUACUCUCAUUUAUUUGGCAACCAUUAUAUUUACCUCAAUAAAAAUCCCAGCCAUCUCCUGUAACAAUGAAGGGGUGCAGUAUAUUUCCAAAUCAGUAUGUGUGCAGUUUUGAAAGGAAACUGAAGGUGGUUCUCUUAAUUCCAGUUCAGAAUUUAACUUCCACAAAGGUCAAUCAUUAGUCAGUAUAUUUGCACUACUUACUCUGCACUCCACUCAGGAAACUGAAGUAUGACUCAUUCUUUUGCUUGGUAUUGUAACCCUAGAUCUUAUGGCCUAGGCCUGGGAAACAUGGAUUCCAAUGGAAUGUAUCAGUUGUUUACCAUCUUUGUGAACUAUACAAUGUGGGUUGACAAAACCCUAUUAAAUUUUUUUGUGUUUCAAACAUUGUAACAUGCCCCACAGACUAUAUUUGAAUGGAAUGAUAAAUAGUAACUUCAAAGUAUUCAAAGUUUUGUGAGUAGCCCUUAAUGAAUUAGUUGAUCGGGCUGACUUCUUCAGGCAUAUUUGAUAGAUUUUUACCAAAGCAUCAUUGAAUAAUUAUAUGUAUGUUGUACCCACAUGAUGAGGUUGCAAUGGCUUAACAUUGAGGGGAAGGAUAGAACUGAAAUUUAUGUUCAAAUUACUCACAUUUUGCCCUGCCAGCACAUUUUUAUUAUAUAAGGUUUUGUGUCUCAAGUGGGCUCUACCCCAUUAUUCUGACAUUUCAUAGAUCUGUUCCUGAGGCAGACAAGGCUCUUAGUGCCAAAAUGUGACUAGUCAGUCUCCUGAGUCAAUUAGAGUUGAUAAAUUAGUAUUUAAAAAAUGGCAUCACCUAGAUCAGUAAUUAUUGGGGAGUACUUUAAGUGCUUGUACAAUGUUUCUUCCCCAUUAAACACACUUUCUUGUAUGACCAAUAUUACUGUUUGAGUUUAUAUGGUGUAGACCAUAGAAGAUGGAAAUUUCAGAAAAUUAUGAAAAUAAGUUAGAAGAUUGCUCCACUUUCUCAAGUCUGAUCAGGAUUGGUUAAUUUCUAGCUUCUACUUAAAUACAUUCAAUUAAAUAGAUGUUCCAGAAUCCUUUAACUAAUAUAUCCCAAAUUAAGUGAAAAAUCAGAGGCUUUGGAAAGGGUGGGAGUGAAGGAGGGGAACUGAUGUGAACAUUUCCUUUAAUAGGCUAGCUCCAGAUAGUAAAUUAUGCACUGGUAAAGGCUGCAGUUGAUCUCUUUUGCAGUAUUCACUUGCCUGGUUCUAAACAGGCAUAUUCUAUUCAAAUCUGAAUUUCUGGUUGAAUUCCAAUAGAAAGAGUAAGUGUGUAAGCAGAUCCCACCAACAUAAAUCAUGAGUUGUACUACUUACAAACUUUGUUUGCUCACUAUGGAUUGAGAUUGUGGGCAAUGCAGCAACAAGGAAUCCAAUCUUGCUAUUUGCAGAGGCUAAAUUAACAUACUGAUUUUAUUUUACUAAUUCAGGAAAACAUCAUAGCUUCUAAAUUUUCCUGAGUUAAAACCGACUGAUUCAAGUGUGCAGCCCAAGGCUGAUUGUUUAACUGGGAGUCAUAAAUAGAUGCUAGAAUCUGGAGCUAAAAAUAAAUACUUGGAGGGAUUCAGCAAACCAAGCAUACAUAAUCUGUGGAAGGAAAGGGAUGGUCAGAACUGAUGCAGGGUCUCAACUACAUCUGUGCUCCACUUUUGUUGCUUGCUUGGUUCUCUGAGCUCAUGUGAGCUAACCUCCAUAGAGGAAGUUAGAUACUUCUCCAUGCAGUGUACUUUUGCUGAUUAUCUUAGUUGAUAUUCAUAUAGUAAAGCUAAAUAUGACUUGUUUUAUUCACUACUACUUUAGGCUCAGUUGUGGUACAGCACUCAGUCAUAAUCUGCCCUUUGCUUAGAUUGAAUGAAACGGUUUUAGAGUUUGGUGAUCCCUGGGCACCAAAACUUUAGAAUUUAGCCACUUGACGACUUACCAUGUUUUCUUCCAUCUCUGGUGUGUUUUCAAGGGGAACCUAUUUUCAAUUUAACUGAGGUCAAAUCCAUAUGCACAAUUUUCCCCAAAUUAUUUCUUCAAACAGAAAUCUAUGCAAGCAAGUUAGACACUUCAGUUACAUCAUUUUCCAGGGUUGCAUUGAUAUCCCAUACUGCUUUUACCAGGCCCAUCUAUUGGAACAGUACAAUAUUGGUAUUAUUUGAUUAGAUGAUAAUUGGGUGCAGAGUUUAACUGUAUUGUCCCAUGAAUCUCGAGCCCUUUAGAGAUGUACCACCCAGCUGUACAAAAGAUGACAGCAUUUUGAAAAUGCCUGUUUCCAUCUUUCUCCACUGAUCUAGUUUAAAUCCCUGAAUAGGAUCUGUGCUACUAAUUAGGCAAUACUGCAGGUAACGUAGUGUUUUGGAGGAGCCUAUCAAUGAUUUUGCACAGUUGUGGGGAGCUGAUUCUAUUAACCCUUUUGUGUUUACUUUUAUAUUUUUGUCCAAGAUCAGUGCUGAAUAAAGGAUUCUAGACAUACCUGUUCUAAGUUCUUCUCAAAGCCAUAAAUUGCUUUGUAAUAAUUCUAUUACUUCAAAACUUUCUUCAUUUGAGGCAAUGUUUUCAUCACAGACCAAGCAAAGGUUAAAAGUGGAUCUAAGGUAGAGGUUGGACUCUUGGAUAGAGUUGCCUUCAAGCUAGAAGAUGAAUAAUAAAGGCACAUUAGAAACUCCCCUGAGUUGUGUUUGCCUUCCAUUAUUGCUGAAGAGCUAGUUUGUCAGGAAGAAAACCACUAAGCAACAAAUGCCAUUGUAACUUCCAGGAGAGCUCAAUUUCGACUGAGAUUUAGGAUCCUGUGCUUCCAAAUACUCAUCCUUCUUCCUUGACCAAAUUGGUUAAAGUUAUUAUUGUUGCCCAUAUCAAAUGAUGGAAAUCCAGUCUGAUAUUUAUAGUUACAUUGCAGAGUAUUCUGCUCUUAGAUGGGUAACAUUAACAAUUUCAUAAAGGCAAUGAUGGAUCAAAGUUUCACUACUGUUUAUCAUUGAUGUAAAGAAACAUGGUCCCUCAAGGUUUCUGAUCUAUGCAGCUGUUACAGAUAUGCAGAUAUUAAUAUUCUAAAUAUUAAAGUUGUGUUAUCCAGUAGUUUCUCAGCAUUUAUAAUCUUGUAUGUUAUAAAGAAAACUUCCUGUCUCCAAAUAGUACAAUGGUGAACACAUUAAUUUUACCUGUUGAAUUUUGUACUCCACUUCAGUUACAAAGCAUUGUGACAUAGGUUCCUUUCAGCAGCUCCUGCUUUUUUCAGAACCUUUUCAUCCAAGUGUUUUGGGCUUGCCUCCUACUAAAUUGGUUUCAUUGUCCUUUCUUGCUACCUGCUUUGUAAGAUUACCCUUAGUGGAAUAAUUCACUUGCAGCAGAUCAGCUUUGUCUCACAACUGUAAUGUCAUUUCUAUUUUCAGUUAAUUGUUUCUUGAGCUAUGUCGCUGAAAGUGGCGUCUGAAUUCUCAUUCAACUGAGCUGCUUUUGGUGUUAAACUAUAGAGUUAAUGAGGAUGAGUUUUAUUUCCUUAAGAAUCCCAUUAAGCAGUUAUCUUGGUCGAGAGGUUAUUUAUACACAGUCUACUUUUUAUGCAGAAGCAAGUUCGAGUCAGUCUAAUUUCAUAAUUUCACAUGAUGGAAUAUCGUAUCAUUUUUUGAAUGCAGUUUUUACAUCUUUAUCUGUAAGUAAAUUACUGGUGUCUGUCUCUGAAUCCUGUUAUGAUGCUUUAUUCUGAACUCUGAUCUUUGAAUUUGGAGGCUCUUGACAGAGCCUUGGUACAGUCUCUAGCUGAUAGUUGAUGGAAGAAUUAGGACCAUGAGCUAAUAUUGAAUAUUUAACUGUAGUGUGCUUUACAUAAUCAAAUGGCUGCCCCCAUGCACUUGAAGGUAAGGCAAUUAUUUGAAAUGGCUGCCUGCAGAAGAGAUGCCACAGACAGCUACUGAAGAGCCAAUAUGAAGUUAGCUACAAUCAAAGAUUAACCUGCACUUGUUCUGUUCUCUGAAAGAUGUUAUCCAUUCUCUUAUUCUGUUAAGAUUGGAUGAGGGUGCUGUUAUUCCAAGCUUCUUUUAUUAAUGCAUGUAAAGACUUCAAUUUGCAUGGCACUUUCCACCAAAAAUAAAUCUUCCCCCCCCCCCCCCCCCCCGCAACCAUAUUGCACCAGCAAUGUUCAUUGCAAAGUACAGGGAUGUCAUUUUGCUGCUGACUUUUAAUCACAAUCCACAUAAUUAGCAAUGAGCUGAAUGGCCUGGCACUCUUUUAACCCUGCAGUUGAUUCAAGAAAAUGGAGUUUGCUGUGGCUCUAUUAUUUUGAGUGCAGAGCCAAAUAGAAGUAAACAUGGUGCUGAUGUUACUCAAUGAUGUCUAAAUGUAGCACUGAUUCAACCAGUAGAAAGGUUCAAAAGUUCCAAGUGUGACUUGGCAGCAGGAGUCUAAAGUUGGGAGUUUAGUUUGUUUCACUCUUCAGAGCCAGCAAAAUCUACACUGCUACACCAAUGUGCACAGUCCAGCAUGACAUCCUUCAAAUUGGAUUUAGAUUGAGGCCUGUCAACUUUGUCAGGCAGACAUUAAAGAUCCAAUGCAUUAUUUUAAAGAAUAGCAGUGAUGUUCGUCAUUACCUAAUCCUCAAUAAACUGAAAUACAUCAUGCCUUUAUUUGUUAGUACUUGAUGUAUGGCUGUUGUUAGACCUAUAAUACUGAAUAUGACUCAGAAGUGUUUCAUUAGAUGCUCCAAAGCACUUUAAAUCAUGUAAGUUAUUAUCCUUCCCUCCUAUGGUUGGAAGGGAAAAUAAGGUUUAAAUUGCUUGUCAGUAAUAGGGAGGAGUGGCCAAUGACUAUUUGCAUGAAAGAGGGUAUUGGGGUUGGGUAGAGAGAUUAUCUGCUUCUAGAUAUGACUGGAAUGACCAUCACAGGAUGUAUUUACAAAUCUACAACCAUCAAAAGUGUUUGAUAUGUCAUUUUAACUGAGUUUGCUAGUGCCUGUCAACUCUAAUUAACAGUAAGAAACAAAAUUAGCGUAUUCUACUGGGUAAUAAGUGACAGUCUUGCAUCAAGUGAAAAUUGAUUGAAAUAGAUCUCACCCUUCUAGAAUGCUUUUUUUGGGAAUUUCGAAUCCUGCAAAGUACUGUAUUUCAUUUGCAGCCUUAAGAUGAUUGAUAUUUAGUAACUGCAUAUUUGUAGAACAGUCCUUGAUAGUAAUUCCAGUGAUCAGGAGGAAAGAUAGAAUCCAAGGUAUGCCAUCACAUUGAAUUGAUCCAUUACCCUCACUCAUCACAUGUCACUGAUCUUUCCCUUUGUAGUUCUAGAAUUUUCAUUUUAUCUGUCUUCAUUCUAAUUAGUGCUCAUUGUCAUAUUCAAAUUAGAAAAUGUAGAAAUUAUAUCAUUCAACCUGUUGAGCCUGGUCUACCAUUCAAGAUAAUUAUGACUGAUCCUCCAAAGUCACUAUCCUGUUCCUGCUUUCACCCCCCCCAUCACUUGAUCAAAUGGUUUGGCUUCAAAACUUUCCAUUGCAAAUCAAUUUUAAUGUGUACCUCAAUUUCCAGUUCUCCAUUGACAAAGACUAAUUUGAUACAUUAUCUCUGUCAAAAUCCAUCUUAAGUGACAUACAGGAUACUUUAGAGCAGGGAUUUCCAACCUGGGGUCCACAGACCUCUUGCUUAAUGGUGGGGGUCCAUGGCUUAAAAAAAUUUGGGAACCCCUGCUUUAGAGAAUUGAAAUGGUCAGGAUACCUCGACAACUGACUUUUUGUCUCCCCCUUGAAGAGUCCAAGCCCUGCUGCUGAAACCAGUGUCGGGUAGGAAACCCACUUGUUGAGUUGUUCUGACUCUGGAGCUAGUUUAUGUAAAGUAUUUGGUGUUCAUGUUGAUUGUUGCAAUGGCCCAAUACUAAACAGCAGGAAAAAAACUGUACUAUUUGUGCUUCUAGUCGGGUUCACUCGCCUUCCCUUUGCUUCUGGUAUCUUUGUAAUGAAAUUUUCUACGUGGAACAGGAGUUCAUAAUGGUUUUUGUGUGAAGCAUGGCAUUCAAAAGCUCAAGUCAAACCACCUGCUGCAGGAUAUCCCUGAUCUUUUCCCAGGGCAAAUGAUUAUCACUCCUUCAACAUACCUUUAAAAGAAUGUUCUACUGUAUUGCUGCUUUCUUUGUGCAAAAUGACUACCAUCUCUUCACAACCACAAUAUUGUCCAUUUCCAAAGUGAUUAAUUUGCUUUUAAAGCACCUGAAAUGAACUCUGGCUGUUAAAGUUGUGAUAGAAAUGCAAGUCUUUUAAUCUGGAGAGAGCAUCUUGAAUUGUGACAGUGGCCUCAAUACUGUUGUCUAUCCUGAGUAGUGAGAAUUUCACAAGGUGCAUGUUGCACAACAUUAACACAAGUAGGAUUUGGCAACUUCCUUUGCCAAACCUAGUGACAGCAUUGAAUUAAAUAUAUUCUUUCUGCAUUAUGUUACUCCAUAACCAUUUAAUAUUCAGCCUGGUUUUAUUUACCUAUUUAUUUUAUCAUUUUAGAUUAUAAAUCAUUAUUAUUUUAUAAAUAUUGAGUGUUUUAAGCGUAUCAUAAAGGCCAUUGACAGGAUGUUCACUGACUCCAAUAUUUUUUGUGUUCCUAUUGUAUUAGGUUUGUGAAAAUCCGCUUUGUCACAUCAUUGUAAGGUGUGGCUAUUCAAAUCAAAAGGAAGAGAAUAAAAGGAUGAUUUGUAUCAGUUUCUUAAAUCUCAAUAAAAAUCAGUAACUGCA